UUAGCCACCCGCUGAUAACAGGCUACACCACAGCUUGGAGGUGCACGCUAAAUUUUUUAGUUAACAGUUUAUAUGUUUUAGGUGGUGGCUAUUGCAGGCUGUGUAAAUACUUGGAUUUUAGUGAAGGGUUGGAGCGGUUUGGAGGCUGCAUUGAGAGGAAGAGAUAAGAUGGCUGAAGAGGAAAAUGUUCAGAUUGAUCCAGUGGUAGAAGAGGAGGAGGAAUCUACCACCUACAAACCUCCACCAGAGAAAUCCCUUCAGGAAAUGAUUGAGACAGACAAAGAAGAUGAAAGUCUCCGCAAGUACAAGGAAACGUUGCUGGGGAGUUCUGCUGCUGGAGCAGUUGUUGUUGACCCUAAUAAUCCCAAGCGGGUUUUAGUGCGUAAAUUGGUGCUACUAGCAGAGGGUCAACCAGAAAAAGAGCUGGAUCUCACUGGAGACCUGGAUGCACUUAAAGAUGAGGCCUUCACUAUCAAGGAGGGCAUUAGCUACAAGAUUCGUAUUGACUUCCAUGUCCAGAGGGAGAUAGUCACUGGAAUGAAGUACAUUCAGCGCACCUUCAGGAAGGGACUGCUAGUGGACAAGAUGACCCAUAUGGUGGGUUCGUAUGCCCCUAAGGAAGAGGUGCAGUCUUACACCACUCCAAUAGAAGAUGCACCUUCAGGCCUCAUUGCCCGGGGCCAUUACACUGUAAAGUCUCUCUUCACGGAUGAUGACAACAAUGAACAUCUUAAAUGGGAAUGGUCUUUCAACAUCAAGAAAGACUGGAAUUGAGGUGAAUAUGAAUGGCAUGUUGUGGUGGGCUUGUGAGAACACAGCCAGGCAUACUUUCUGUAAAGAAGUUGUGCAUAGUCAGGGAACCAACAAGUUUUUAUGAAAUGUUGAUUUAUUAGACGUACAAAUUAAAAGUAUGUCAGUGUAGAACGGUGGGAUCAUUUAUACUGUCAGCUCAUAUUUUUGACACGGUGCUUAUCAGUACUUCCCAACGUGAGCUGCUACAUAUAGUCAGUGCCUAGCCUUAUGGUGAUGCAUUUAUCUGGCUGUAUUACUGGAAUUCUUAUGAAGAUGUGUGCUCAGAAAUUCAGACAAUAGGGGGCUUAUCUUAAUUUGCUACUUAUGUUUUGCAUGGGGCUGGAUGGUAAUGUCGAUCAGCAUUUCAUUAUAAACUCAUUUGAUUAGUGGGUAAUCUAAUAGUGAAUAAUUUAAUGUGUAGUAUAUUGUAUGUUAGUAAUAUUUGGCUCUUCCCCCUAACCAUCUUUUUGCUUCCAUUAGUUAUUGAGAGUUAGUAAACUAAACCACCCCUGCCCAAAAUGCACAAACAAACUUUAGCUUCUCCUUGCGACUACCAUGGAGAAUGCUUCCUAUAUUGUAAUGCUCAAACAGUAUAUGUUACUUUAUUUUUAUUUUUCAUCAAUUCAUAAAAAAAGAAGAGGCAUUACAUUAUGAUAGAUGUAUAAAUUAUCCUUGUCACUCAUAUUGACUGCAUUGCAUUGAAGCAUUGUUACCACUUUGUAUAUAAAGGAAACAGUGUGUUUAUUCACUUACUAAAAUGGCUAGUCUGUUGCUUGUCUAUAAUUGAUUUCACCUCUGAUGUUAAACAAAGGACAAGACUACUGUUAAUCUUAUUGAUAAUUUUAAGAUUGGUUUCUAUUAUUAUUACAUGCCACAAAAUGACAAUUAAAUGUUAUUUUAACAGUUUUUGUGAUAGAAAUUGUUUUAUAUGACAAAGAGAAAGAGAAUAUGUAGCUUCUAAUUAUUUUCUUAACAUUUGAUAUGCCUCAUGAUUUUGGAAAUCCCUGGGAGAAAAUGCCUACAACUCUCUUAACUAUAGCUAUAUGCAUAUACAUCAUAAACUAACUCAUCAAGUUCAGCAAUAGCAGUUAAUGAAAUUCAAAUGAAUUUGACAGCAAUGAGCACACUGUGCCCUCUAUAUACAUUGACUGUUACAAACAAGGUAAGUGUACUGUAGAAUAUGUUGUAAAAGGAUAUUACAAAAUUUCAUAAAUAUUAAUGUAACUGAGACAAAGCACCAUAAGUUUCAUGAUAUUUCAUUCUGUAACAAGUAUGAGAAGUUGAUAAGAGAAAUAAAUAUUGUGAAACCUCUCUAUAGGAAAAGAUUAUAUUUUUCAUUAAUGUGAGUAAGAGUGCCAGUUGUUAAUUAGUGCUCACAUGAGUUGGGCAUGGUGAGUGUUUGUCUUUAUACUUCUGUUAGGACUACCUGUAUUUUUAUUGAACUACAAAAAAUGUAACAUUUAUACUUGCAGUGUUUUGGACAAUAGCAAUAUAAUAAAUCCACGAGUUUAUCAUUUUUUGCAUACUUUAGAUACCAAACUGUAGAAGAUGAUAAGAAACAUUCACGUUUUAGAUUGUAUCUUGUACAUAUGCAUUUCUGUAUGGGUUUGUAAAAGCUUUUGUAUGUCUUAUAUGUGAACAAAAUACUUAUGUGAUAAUUUACUUAGCUUUUUAAAAAUAGCUGCUCUUUGCUAGGUUUGUAAUAAAAAAAAAAAAAUUAUUUUAUUUCUCAAAAAUUAACAAGUUUGUAACCCUUGAAACUGAUCUCACCAUAAUCCUACACUCACUAAACUCAAGAUGUCAAAACCAUACAACUGUGUGAUAAAAACAUUCAAUAACCAAUGAUGCAGCUUUUGUGGCCAUUGCCUAAAAUGACAAAAUUGCAGUAAACUGUAUCUGUAAGGUAAAACAAAACAGUAAAGUAAAUUAUUCUGUAGUCUCAGUUGCACUUGCCUCAAUUCUACAGUGCUCUUCAAGUAAAACAUUUCUUACAGUACACUGUUGACUUUGUUAUAACUUUCGAGCAUUAAUGAACUGAUUAAACAGUUUUAAUAUCUUUAGUUUUAUCUGUUUAUAGGCUAAUCUUUAUAAAUUGGAAUAGAGAUAUUUUGUAAGGCUUGUGUCUUAUGUACUGUAGCUCUCUUAGGAUCACCACAAAUAUGGAGGGAUACACCAAUCCUCAAAAAAUUCUUGAAUCAAGUAUGUUAUAGAAACUGCACUCUGAAUCACAUGUGAAAGAGUACUCUCCUAAAAACUGCUGUUUGUGUAGAAUAAAUUUCUACCAAAGAUUACAAAGAAAAUAACAAUUUAGGAAGUAUAGGAUUCAUGAAAGUUGGUGUUUGGGACAAUAAUUUGUAAUGCCAAGUGGCUUAGUGGUUAUGAAGGUAUGCAAAUAUUAAUUACAUGUGUAUUAUAUAUUUGACUGUUAAGAUAUGAAAAUUCUUGAAAUAUUUUAACAAAGUUCCUUUCUAAUAGCAAAUGGUAGUUCCCAAAUGAAGUUUUUACAAUUAAAUCUAUACACCAGAAUCUUGUUAUAUGUGAGGCUUAGAUUGUGCAAAAAAAACUGUACUAUAAUUCACACACAUGACUCCAUCUUUACAUUAAUCUUGGGAGGUACUUUCUGUAACUUCAUUAAUUGUAGUUUUUCAUGACAGUACACUAGAGCAGUAUUAGAUGAUAGCAAUAUCUUAUUACACUAACCCAAAUGACAGGGAAAAUAACAGCACAGUGGAUGUUGAUGUGUUAAGCAAUGUUACAGAUGGUGGACUUGCCAUGGUUGUAAAGCUGACUUUUAACAAAUGUUCUUUCACUACUUUAUGCUCUUUUGAUAAUUUCAAACUUUUCCCAAAGCUCAAGUAGUUCUCUUGUACUUAACACCUUUAUUGCAAUGUUGUCACUACAACACUGCUGUAUGGGCUGAAUCAUCACUGUAAUUAUUUAGUUAAGACUUCAAUAUCCAGCCCCUUUAUAUAUUCCAACAUUAUUCUACAGUCUAUUUUCAUUGGUUCUUGUCUUGGGGGUUAUCACAGGAAUGAUCCCUGUUCUCAAUAACAUGAACCAGUGCAAAAUAAAGACUAAUAUUGUUGGAACAUGAAAGGACAGGAGAUUCAAGUCUGACUAAUAGUAUCUCAGUGAAGAGUAAACCAAGCCCUAGACAUGUACAUAAACCAGUUUUGUAGCUUUGGACUUUCUUUCUCUAAUAAUGUAUGUGAAUUUUUCACUACAGUGCAUAGUUUUUGAAAUAGAGGUGAAAGACUACCAUUGUGUGCACAGGGGUGUCAGCAUGUCUGAUAUGUGCACAAUGAAAGGAUUAAUCCAGGGACCAGCCUUGUACUAGGCACAGAAUGCUUAUAAGACAAAAUUAACAUGUUAAGCAUAUAUAUAUGACUAAUUACAAUAAUCCAACACUCACUAAACUCAAGAUGUCAAAACCAUUUAAAAAUUACUAUACUGGAUAUAGUUUGCUCACUUCUGUGCUCCUAGCUUAUCAAUUGUAUAUUUUGUGCUGCAUCUCUCAUUGCUUUCUACACCUCACAUAAAAGCAAUUUUUUAUUAUUAUUAUUUUUUUUUUUACAUAUACAGAAUGUUCACAUUUAGAUUAAUCAUGUACACAUGUAUUUACAGAUUCUGAAACUACAUAUAACAAGACCCUGGGGUAUAUUAGAGGAGCUCAAAAGAUAAAAUCUGGCAUUGUCUCCAGGAGUCAGUAGGCAAACAUAUUUUUACUGGUCUCCUUGCUGGUAUUAAUGUUAGAGUUUAUUUUUACUAAUCUCCUUGCUGGUAUUAGUGUUAGAAUUUCUGGAAUUAACAAUCUAUCAAGAUAUCAAAUUUACUGAAAUUAUUUAACUCAAAGUACAUUAUACUUUUUUUUUCAGUGAAAACUAAUAGACAUGGUCUUAGUUAACUUGGAUGACACACAUUAGCUAUUAGUGUAUGGAAGGAGCAUUACACUGUAGGCUGGAUGUGUAUAUGUCUGGAAAGCAGUGAAUGACAUUCAUCCAGAAGUACUAAAAAGCAUAAAAAUUAUUACUAUCAGCAAAGUAUAUUUUAAAUUCACUGUCUAGAUUUUGCAGGCUCUGAACUGAAAGUAUUACUGGUUUAGUAGUGAAUGUGAUCUUAUACAUUCUGCCAGGGCUCGUGUUUGUUGUGACACUUUCCUCAGGUCCUGUAUAAAAUACAUUAAUUUGUUGCAGGUGAAGUGUGCAAUGAAUUAUGCUAUUGGUGUAUUUGUCAACCAAAUAUGUUGCAGUUAUGCAAAAUGUUUCAUUGCCUUUAAGGGGUCUUUGCCAUAAAAGUUGACUUUCAUCAGCUAGUUGUGUUUCAGGCUUUCACUACAUUUGAUUUAUUUAUUUAUUUAUUAUUAUUUUUUUUUAAUGCUUGGAGAGUUGUAAUAUUAUUUUUCACAAUCAGCUUUGCAAGCAGCCAAUAGGUGAUAAAGGUUGAUCCAUGCAAAUAUGAAACCUGCCUUUCAGAAUUAUUAUGAUUAUUUAGUUAUAUAUAUUUGAUUAUUAGAUUGAAUUAUUUAAAAGUGAGAUUUACAUAAUUUAGUUCGAAAAUUCUAAAAGUUUUUUAAACCAGUUUUUUGAAAGUGACAAUAAGCUAAAGUUUUUGUAAAAAAAAAAAAAAAACUGGUUGACAAUUGUUUUUUCUUGAAUCUUGAGUUUUGCUGCAAGUGAGCCCAUCAGCUGUACAAUGUGCCUUAAUUCUCUGACUCCUCUAAUGUCUGGUGCUUGUGUUCUCUUCCUUGUGCAACUUUUUUCUAUUUCAGACUUCAUGCAUUACAUUUUGUUGAUUUUAUAAUGGCAUUCUGUCUCCAGGCUAGGAUUACUAUGUAGGAUAAUUUAUUUUUGCCAUGAAAUUUACUAACACUCAAAAUACUAGUUACUAGAAAAAAAUAUCAAGGAAUGAUUACUAUAUUUAUUAAUAGAUCCCCAUAAAAUUGCCAUGUGGUUUGUGAACCAAAGGAAGAGCAUUAGUUAAUUAUGAAAAAACAUCUUCAAUAUUAAAAAGUUAAAUCUUCUUCCCCCCCAAAAAAAAAAAAAAAAUCUGAUAGAAGCAUUACAAGUACAGUCUUUCAACGUGACUUUUACAAGGGAAGUAUCAACGUGAUCCAAGGGAGAUUGCUAAUUAGUUAAUAGAAAAAAAAAAAAAAACUCAUUAUAAUAGUUACAUCAUCUUAGUGUAAAAUUAUACAAGUUCUGUAGAAUCUCUAAAAUAUGUGAAGACCUCAUUGAAUUAAUAUUAUUUCCAUCUCAUCUGAGAUUCAAAAUCAGGCCUUAGCUGUGAACUAAGUGUGCUAACCCUUACACCACUGAGCUGCUUAUCCAUGGACUUUAGAGGGUCUUUAACACAAGCUGUGAUGUAAGUGGUAAUUAUUAGUCAAGCAUGUUAUCCUGAAGACACUGGGUGAAUUACACUCUCAUUGUAGCAUUACCACAGGACUGUUCUUUAAUAAAGAUAAUGUGUAUUUCAUGCUUCACUUUGUCAGUGUUAUUUGGUGGCCAUAGAUGGAAUGAACUUGAUCCUGAUACAUUUCAUUAUAGUGUGCAGUUAAGGUAAUCUAAGUAGUAGCAAAACUGAAUCAUCCAUUUUUUUUAGGUAUCGAAAAUAUUCUUCCCAAUACCAUUUGCUUAAUUAAGAUUUAACUUUACAUUGUUUAAGAAUAAAAGUAAAAUUUUUCAAGAUAGUGCCAUUGUUUUCAGCUGUGUUUAGAAACACACUUGUGUAUACAUGUACACACACACACACACACACACACACACACACACACACACACACACACACACACACACACACACACACACACACACACACGCAGCAGCAGCAGCAGCACCCUAGAUGGUCUCAAGCCUGAGAAAAUUGUCAUCUGAGGGAAAAAAAAAGUGUUAAAAUAAUAAUUCCCAGCUAUAAAGGGAAGAGGAAAGGGGAGUGAUACUGAGAAAUUUGAUAGUUCUGUUUGUAUGGGACUUAGAAGGAGUUCAUGGAUUGAAGAUGAAAAUGACCACAUGCAGGCAAGAGUGAAAGAAAAGUCAUAAAGAAGGAAAGCAAUCUGGAACAACUUAGAAAGUGACAUAUUCAUGAAAUUCUUAAGAAUUUAAAUGCCUAUUAUUAGGUCUAGAAAUAGAAUAUAUGAGCAUAGCUCUUUUCUUGUGUGUCAGAACUACACAUACACAUACAUGCAUGGCCUUGUUGCAUUAAUUAUCUUGUAUAAUGUUUGAUGUUUGAUUUGAUAGUGAUGUUAGGCUUAAGCUAAGACAUACAUAUUCAAAAUAUAAGGACAGUCAGAAGUGGCAUUGGUAAACGACAAAAACUUGUAUGUAUUGCAGUUUGCAUUCCUUUGUUCAAUGAGCUAUUAUCUAAUAUUAUGAGGGUAAGGUGUUGGUAUUAGGCACAGCUAUGUAUAACGAAGGUCUUUCGACAAGCAAGUAUUUUCUCUAGAUUUAUUGUGCCAUAAAGUCUUACAAGUUAUUCUUUGAAAAUAGAUUUUGGAAAUUUUACUUGUUGUAAUAUAUCCUGUUAAGCAUCUGAAUCUUACUGAUAAAUUUGAAUGAAUUAUUAGGUGAUUGAAUAUGUGUGUGUGUGUAGGGAUGUUUUGAAAAAUUUAUAUCUUUUGUUUGUCUAUAUUAACUUUCUUACUCGCUUUUCAACUUUUAUACAACUAUGAGUGCUCAAAGUAGACUUUUGUAAUCUUUGUGAAUGGAUCUCUUGGAUAGGAAAGGAUGCAGCAGUUUUUUUCUACUUCGUUUUAUACUAAUUCCUAUAAGUUUAUAAGCAAUAAGAUAACCAACAGUACUGUUAAGUCAGCAUUGUCAAGAACCUUCCUGUCAAUUACAAAUAUUAUAAACAUAUUAUAUUCAUUGUGAUACAUAAAAUUUUCCAGGUGACUUCUCCACAGCCCUGACGAUGGACCUUUUUCCAAACCCACAGCAUGCGUACAUUUAGUAUGUUUUAUCAGUCUUAUUAUGAGAAUAGGGAAACUACAUGAUUCAAAGUAGGGAGAACCAGAUAUGAUUCAAAGUAGAAAGAACCAGAUACCAAUGUGUUAUUCAGUUUUUCUUUGUUAAUGAUUGGGUUUAUUGUAAAGAACAAUAACACUGGCCCUGGAAGUACACAUACUGAGGUGUGCAGAGUGAGCCAGUUAGUGCAUCUUGAGUACCUUAAAAUAAAUAGUGUGAAAGAGUUAUGGAAGAAGGUAUUUUUCACCAACAGUUUCAACAUCAUCAUGUGAAAAAUUGUGUAAUGGUUCUAGUGGGCAGGAGUUGCCAGACAUUGAAGACACAAGCAAAGGAAAACCAUAGUGAUUACCAAAUUUGCUUGUAAACAAAAGUCAAAGAGGGCAAUAAACAUUUAUAAUUUUU